CUCUUCUUGCUCAUCCAGCUAUUCAUAUAGAAAGCAUCUUCUUCUUGUUUUUGAAAAGUAUUCCUUAGCUUAAUGGCUUACUCAAAGACUUUCCUUCUUCUUGGCCUUGCCUUUGCUGUUGUUCUUCUCCUCUCUUCUCAGGCCUCAGCUCGGGAGCUUGCUGAGACUGUUCAAACCCAGGAGAAUGCACAAGUUCACGGUCAUGGUGAUGGUCAUGGGCACGGCGGAUAUGGACAUGGACAUGGACAUGGACAUGGUCAUGGAGGACACCGUGGAAAGCCAGGACACGGUGGUCACCCAGAAACUGAAGUUGAAGACUAAAUGGAAAAAAGAGAAGAAAAAAAACUCUGUAGAUGUUGUUAAUUUUCAUGCAUGUAUGACUUGAAAUAAGAGUAAUGCACGUAGAUAUUGCUCUGUUUAAGUUUGUAUGUUUGUCAAUAAUUGGGUCUUAAAAAAUAUGACUUCUCUUUGGCUUUCAGUCAUACAAGUCGCCUGCAUGGUUUGUGUUUCUUAUUUGUAUUUUUCAUGCAUUGCAAUCUGCAGUGCACUUUCAAGGAAUUGCACGAAAUGCAGUACUCGUGGCUUUUUUCUUA